AUCCUCGUCUAAUUGCAUAUGGAUGUAACUAUUGACGGAUUAUUAUUAUCAAUGACGACGUAGAUGAAAUUUGCAGGAUUAAACAAUAAUACGCAUAAUUUCAGUCUAAAUCUAAAUUAUCGAAGUUAUCUUACCAAUUUUUUGGCCCACUGGCGUUGAAAAGGGAUUUACAUUGACUCCAAAAAAUGACAUGCUUGGUCGAUGAUUGGAAACAGUGUUAAAUAUAAAUUAUAUUAGCCUGAUUCAAGUGCACAUAUAUCGCGCGCGUGUAAAUCUUCGAUAAGGGCGAUAUUCGUAAUUCGUUACGAAUAAGAACAUACACCGUUGAAUGGCAGAAGGCUGAAUCAUAUGACCUACACAAUGAUAAGACAGAGAUGUCAAAAGGUAGGAAGACAACCGACACUAGAUAUGUAGCAGUUAGUUCUUUCGAGCGUCUUGAGAUUUGUACGAUGAUUGGCUUCAGUAUCCUAGUGGCCUUCUACGAUUCUCUCAACUGCUCUCAAUAUAGCUUGGUUUUAUCCUUCGUUGAUUGGAUAAAAAUUUCAUCUAUGAAAUGUCUUAUAUUUGAAAAUAAUUAAAGCUUCCGCAAUAAUCAAUUUUAUAAAUAGAUCGUUUAAAAGUUUCACCAAAUACGCUUAUUUUCCCAAUAAUCUAACGGUUAUGUAAUGAUAGAUUAUAACAAUGCAUGUUGCUAAUCAAAUUUCGUAAUAGAUGCAUUAUGGGAAGUGCAACAAUAUACCGCGCUUUUUUGAAAGUAGAACUAUGUUUAUAAGUUAUUAAAUUAAACAAUAUUUUCAGAAUUUUCUUACAUUACAUUGUUUUAUAGAUCAUUAUUAAACUUAUUUGUUUAUGUCCAAGAAAAACAUAACAAAAAGAUAGAGGAAAAGUAAUAAUACAAUUUACAGUUGCAUAGCAACGUAAUCGAUAUAAUAAUAAGUAUUGAUAGUAUACAAAAUUAAAAAAAUAACACCUUUUUAACUUUUUUAUGUAGUAGUAUUAUUUAUUUUUAUUAUUAUAUAUUUUUUUGUGAACGAUGUUUCAAGAUAUUUCGAUCGCUUCGAAAAGUAUUUUAGAGCCUGGUGUAAUAAAUGAAGAACUUCUUAUCAAUUUAUUAAUUGAUCAAGGUCCUAAAGGUGAUGCUGGAAAAUAUUUUCUUGAAGAUGGUAUUAAACUAGAUGUUAUCACGGAAAUACGAAUUGAAUUUUUUAAUAUUUUGAAUAUCGAUCAUCUUUGGGUAAUGCCAAAUUUGAUAAAAUUACAUUUAUCAAAUAACAUUAUAGAAAAAAUUGAAAAUUUGGAUGCACUUGUUCACUUGAAAGAACUUAAUCUAUCUUUUAAUCAUAUUAAAACAAUGGAGAAUCUAAACCAUUUAAUCGAAUUAGAAAUAUUGUUACUUUUUAAUAAUCACAUCUCUAAAAUCGAGGGCAUAAAUAAUUUGCAUAAGUUGCACAUUUUUAGUAUUGGAAAUAACCAAAUAACAGACUGGGAACAUGUCAUUUAUUUAAGACAAUUCAAAUAUCUAUGUAGUUUUAACAUAAAUAAUAAUCCAUGUACGGAGAAAAAUGGAUAUCAAGAAUACCUAAUUGCAUUUGUACCGCAAUUAAUCUAUUAUCAAUAUAAAAUGAUUACUAAGGAAGAACGUCAAUCUGCUAUAAUCAAACAACAACAUAUGAUUAGUAAUAUAGAAGAGGAAGAAGCAAAAAAGAAAAAGCAAUUGGAAGAACAGGAAGCAUUUGAAAAUUUACAGGAUUUACUAUCUAAAUCUUAUGUAGAAUACUUAAAUGAUGAUAACUUUUUUUGGCAUAUGUUUCUUGAUGAUAAAGAAGGAAAAGAUUUAUCUGUAGUGAAUAGUGAUACAGAAAAUGCUUUUGAGGAGUAUAGAAAAAAAAUUUCUUCUAUAUGUUAUGAAUUUUAUGAAAUAGGAUUAAAGGAACAAGUUAAACGAGAUAAUGAAAUUAAAUUAUUUAAUGAUGUUGUUAAUGAAGGCAAAAGUAAAGUACAAAAUGAUUCAAAAGAUAUUGUGGAUGAAUUAUCGGACGAAAAAAUUAAAAUAUUCUCACAAAUAAAUUUAUUAUUUAAUAUACUUGAUGAUGAAAUGGAUGAAAUGGAUGAUAAUGUAGAAGUAGUAUACAAUUGGUAUAUUCAUUUCAAUGAUGUGAUAUCCAAAACAUGGUCAAAAUUAAUGUCUAAAGAAGUUGUAAUACAUGAUCAAUUAGUAGAAAUAAAUGAAGUCUUCAAAGUAAAUAUGACAAAUAUGAUUGAGCAAUUUUUGGAGACUGCUCGAGAAUAUUUUUCACAAAUGCGAAAUGCUGAAGCAGACUAUAAUGAUAAUAUAAAUAGUAUUAUUUUGUAUUAUAUCAGUGGUUUUGGAGAUGAAUCUAAAAUUCCAAAUCAUUUGUUAGAUUUAUGUGGAGACAAAGAUACAUUAAGUAAUAAUCUUGCAGCAUCACACGAUUUACAUUUGCGUGUCAUUGAUGCUAGGGAAGAUCGUAUGUUAAGCAGAUUAAAAAUAUGGCAUAAUGAGUACUGUGAAGAGUUGUAUAACAAGGAAAAUAACAGGCACCGUCAAAAAAUUUUGGAAAUUACCCAUUUUCUUCAAGAUGUACGUAAACAAUUUCAUUCAUUAAUAUUAUUACAUCUACCAUAUUUUGAAAUUGAUAAUGUUUCUAAUUUGACUAAAAAAAGAAAAUGAUUAAUUGUAAUAAAGAGAAGUAUAAGAAGACCAUUUCAUUCAAACAGUAUGUUCAAGUAGAAAAUACUUAUAUUUAUUAUAAAUACUUAUAUUUAUAAUAAAAGAUUCUUAAUAAUAUCAUGUUUUAAUAUCAUUUAUAUAUAAUAUAUAAAUAUUAUUUUACCGAAUUAUAAUAAAUGUUGCAUAGUAACAUAAAAAAUAUUUAAUUUUGUUUUUGUUUUUGUUUUUGUUUCAAUGUUUCAAUGUAUGCAUGAAGACUUUUUUGAAUAUUUGCUAAUUGAAUAAAUUGUUUAAUAUUAUUUAAUUCAAUCUCUCGAUGUUCUUGUAGCCAGGAAAUUAACUUUUCACGAAGUUUUAACUUUGUUAUAUUUCUAGCUUGUUCUGCAAAAAUAUUAUAUAAAAUAUUUUCUAAAAAUAUAUGUUUAUUUACUUUUGUUUAAAAUUUUAAUAAAAUAAUGAACUUACUAAGUAUUCUGUCAUAAGAAGAUAUAUACUUUUGGCAUUUUUUAAUGGCUUCUGCUUUGUCAUUUGCCAAUUCAUCUACAAGUCCAAUAUUUAAUGCUUCAUUAGGAUAAAAAAGUGUGCCCCUAAGAAGUAAAAAACCAGAUACCUAUUAAACAUAUACAUUAAGAUUUUUAUAGUAAUAUUUAUUAUUUGUAAUAUAUACCUCAACAAAGCUAAUUCGGCAUGUCUAUAACCAAUGGUAUUAACAAAUAAAUCUAUAAACCACUGUGGAGCUAUAAUACCUAAUUGUGUCUCAUUGAAUCCUAUGGUAUGUUUCCCAUCAACAAAAACUCUGUAUUCACAAGAAAUAGCUAAUAAACAUCCACCGGCAGGACUAGCACCCUAUGUAAAAGUAUAUUUAUGAUAUAUAAUAUAAAAUAAGUGAAAAAUAAAUAUUAAAUUUUAUAUUAUAACGAUAAUUAAAGAAAAUAUAUAUUAAGCUAAUUCAAUAAUGUAAUACAUUAAUUGCAGCAGCAAUUGGUAUUUCUAAACCAUAUAAAGUCAUCCAUGUAUCUUGCAAAGUACGCCAAUAUGCAGUCAAUCUCUCAAUAUCUGGCUUAUAAAGUUCCAUAAUGUCUAAACCUGCUGAGAAAACUGCUGGCAGUGAUGAAGUCAAAAUAAUGCCUUUACAAUUGCUUUUCUGGGCUUCUAUCAAAGAUGUUUUCAAUUCUUCUAAUAAUUCCAGGUUUAAGCUAUUAACUGGAGGUCGUGCCAUAGAUAUUAUAUGUAUUCCUGGUAUAUAUAAGUUUUAAUAAAUAAAUUCAUUUAGCAAAAAU